CGAUCAAAAUAUAUGGGUUCAUUUUUCCUCUAAUUUUUUUUUGUUCUUUGUGUUUAUAUGACCAAAUUGGGUUCCCAUUUUGGUCUGUAGAAGUCAGAAUUAAAGCAGAGUGAGGAAAGUGCCGCAAUCACUAUACAGUUACAAGCGCAGUGGUCCAGUCUCUACCGGAAUUCAAUUUCUCCUUUGAAAUUGCCUCGAUCAUUACCCGUUUCAGGUUUCACGCCUUCCAACCCUUUCUCACCGGAGGCGAAUCUAGCCCUAUACUCCACUUUCUCUGGUUAUUCAUAUGGAUACUCAUACUGAAGAUUUGCCUCACUACAUUAACAUAAAUCAGAAUGACUUUUAUAUGCGAAGGCAUAAGAAGCAGAAGGAGGAGGAUAUUGCUGUAUGUGAAUGCAGGUAUAACGAAGAUGACCCUUACAGUGCCUGUGCAGAUGGGUGCCUAAAUGUAUUAACCAGCACCGAAUGUACUCCUGGUCACUGUCCUUGUGGCAUCCUCUGUAAAAAUCAGAAAUUUCAGAAGUGUGAAUAUGCAAAAACGAAGUUAUUUAAAACUGAAGGCCGAGGGUGGGGUCUUUUGGCUGAUGAGGACAUUAAGGCAGGACAGUUUGUCAUUGAAUACUGUGGAGAAGUAAUAUCAUGGAAAGAAGCCAAACGCAGAUCCCAUACAUAUGAAACUCAAGGUCUUACAGAUGCAUAUAUCAUUUCUCUUAAUGCGUCUGAAUCCAUCGAUGCAACUAGAAAGGGAAGCAUUGCCAGAUUUAUUAAUCAUUCCUGUCAACCAAAUUGUGAGACAAGAAAAUGGACUGUCAUGGGGGAAAUAAGAGUUGGAAUAUUUGCAAGGCAAGAUAUUCCUAUUGGAACUGAAUUGGCAUAUGACUAUAAUUUUGAAUGGUUUGGAGGUGCAAAGGUUCGCUGCCUCUGUGGUGCGCCCAAAUGUUCCGGAUUCCUUGGAGCAAAAUCUCGUGGUUUUCAAGAGGAUACUUAUCUAUGGGAAGAUGAUGAUGACAGAUACUCAAUAGAGAAAAUUCCUUUAUAUGACUCUGCGGAGGAUGAACCGAUGUCAAAUGCUGAUGGACAAAGUGAACAAUCCAUGGAUAUUAUAGUUAAAGUUGAGGAACUAUCAGAGUCCACUGCUUUUAAUGUUCAACCAGUCGAUUCAGUUGAGAUCAAGGAUUUAGGUGAUUCAGUUGAAAUCAAGGAUUUAAGUAUUCAAAAAAUUAAAACUGAAAUAGUAAGUGAGGACAUGAAGUUGUACUCCCAAGAUACCGAACACAACCUUCCACAAAAGAAUGCAAUGAUAUCGCGCAUUCGAAGUAACACUGCAGGACGAAACUAUCGCAUUGGACCUAGGUCCAUCUCUUCCAAAAGAUCAAAGGCACAGAAUGGGGGAAAGUUUAAAAAUCGCAUACAGAAGAAAAUUGAUGCAAAGUAUGCAGCUGGCCUUUUGGCAUCAAAAGAAGCACAAGAUGAGAUCUUAGAUUAUGAGAAAAGAAAAGAUGAAGCCACAGAGGCUCUUGAUUCUUUAUACAACGAAAUACGGCCUGCCAUUGAAGAACACGAGAGGGAUACCCAAGACAGUGUAUCUACAACCGUAGCCGAGAAAUGGAUUCAAGCAUGCUGUCUAAAACUGAAGGUGGAGUUCGAUCUUUACUCAUCAAUUGUCAAAAAUGUUGCUUGUACUGCUCAAAAGGCACCCGACCAAGCAAAAGCUACCGAAGUAGAUAUCGAAAACAAAAUGAAGCUUUUGACUGAUUGAAAUUCCCACCACAUUUCACCCUCAGCUAAUCUGUAAUCAAUGAUACUUACAAAUUCAUAAUCUUGUUUAUUAGUAUAAUUUUGACAUGUUAUGCUACUUACAAAUUCAUUUUUUUGUUAUGCUAAAAUUUUUGACAUUGUCAUGAAAUUCUAACAGUACAUACAUGGA